CUAGUUUAUCGAUAACAACGCUAUUGUUAACAAAAACGCCUUCUAACAUCGAUACCAUAUCACAAAAAGAAAACAAAAACAAUUAUAGCAAACAAAAAACAUAAUGCUGUGUUCUAAAAAUGUACGUUGAGUGAUUUCCGAAUAACGGAAAUUCCCCCACACUGACAGGACAACGAAAUUAGACCGGAAAAUCGAGCACAAACACAUUUGUUUAUGUGACCGAAGGAGCGGCAUGGCGGAUCCGGAGGAUUAUGAUCUGAACUUCGUGCAGCUAAGUCGCCAGCAGGCGCUGCAGCGGUAUGCGGGUGCAGUGCGUCAGCUGCGCCGGCUGGCCGACCAGCGAUACGGUGUGCGAUCCCUGAGCUUCGACAAUUAUGUGCUGUUUCAGUAUUUCCGGCAACGCAAUUGGCAAACUGGCGUCACGCCACCUGCCCCCUUGAUGGCCUACCUCAAGCUUGAGGUACUGCAUCAUUUACUGGACCGACGACGACAGAUCCUCUGCUGGCUGUUUUACCUCACGCUGGUGUCGCUCUGCGUGGCCGCCUACCGUUAUGAGGUAACCAGCUCCACCGGCGGACAUCAGGAGCGCGUUGUCCAGGCCAUGGUCUAUCCCGGGAUGCGCAUGUGGCGGCGGAUGACCAUGCCGCUGAUCCAACGAUUCCCACAGCUUACCGAACUCUACGACGAGUCCUGCCUGAUGGGCAAUCCGUUUUUUCAGCUGGAGGAUCUGAGCUGUGGACCGUGCGCCGAAGUAGAGAUCGUCUGGCUAGAGGGCGAGGAGUGCGCAAAUGGUCAUCCGCUGAAGUACCAUCAGAACCACAAGUGCCAUCAGCGGGAGGGAUCGCCCAUCGCCUUUCGCAGCAACCAACAGGAGGCCAUUGACUUGAGCCAGUUCUACAACAUCUACGCUAGCAAUCAUCAGAUCUUCCAGCGCGACGCGUAUCGGGUGCACUCAACCAACCAGGAUGUGCACAAUCUCGAGGAUCUCUUUGGGCAGUUUAACAGCAGCUGGACCCAGCAGGCGCACAAUCUUUGGCGCUGCAAUCGCAUGCUGCCCGCGCGACUCCUGCGUCCCAUUUUCGCCCGGCCAACGCGAUUGCCCAGCAUGGGCGUGGCCCUGGAGCGUUAUGUGGCCAUCGAUACUGCCCAGGCGCCGGCCUACACCUUGCCGGAGACGGAAUGCCCCAAUGUCUAUGUACACCAGGCGGUGGGCACGCGGUUCAUCAUCCUGCGACCCACCAGUGAGUGCCGGCACCGCUGUCGCACCUUGUCUCUGCGGCUUACCCAGUCCUUUGUGCUCAGUUACAAUUGGUUGUACUGGAAACCGAUCUCUGCGCCGGAUCCCAUUUCCGAAACGCUGUCCAUCAGCCUAAUUGGAUCCUACUGCUAGAGGAUGCAUAUCCAGAUGGCAGUCCACGUUUCCCGCUUCCCUCGCUCCUAGCUUUAAGCGCCAUAUACUUAUAUAUAUAUAUACACACACACGACAACCACGACUUUUACCAAGCCAAAAUUAUUUUACGAAUUUUGCCGCUCCAUUGGAUAAGCAAGCAAAACAAAAGUAUUGAAACAAGUGAAGCUAGAAGCUGCCUUCGUUUUCAAUUUAUUAGACCCUUAGGCCACCGGCUCAAUUCGUUGCCCAUUGUAAUCCUCAAGUCCUAGAUCGUUAGCCUAAGUUUAGUUUAACAGUUAACAGUUAGCUCCUGGCCGCCGCGCUUCAUCCUUGUGUUCGUCGUUCUAACCAUUUUGCAUUUAAAACUCUCGACUCCUACGUUCUGUUCACACCAACUAGCGUAGCCAACGGAAAGCGAUUUUGUAAAUAUCCAUUGCCAGACUUGAGUUUGACUUUGUGUUUUUGCAACAACUCACGAAAUAAAAGAUACCUAUUAUACACUAA